CUUUCUUUCCCCCCGGCUCUGUUGCUCCAUCGCCUCCGCAUCCCUCCGGUCCCGGUACCAGGGACCGGUGACAUUCCCCCCCGCCCCCUCCUCGCCCCCCCAAAACGAGCCGGCAGCGGGACGAGCCUGGAUCAGCGGGACGAGAUGCAGGAGAGCUACGAGAGUGUCAUCUCCUUGGCCGAGGAAAUCGCCAUCAGCUGGCCGCGGAUCACCGCCUUCGCCGAAUCGCACCGGAGGAGGGGGUUGGUGGCCGAUGAUGGGUUGUUGAGCGAGAACGAAGAGGAAGACCCGCCGCCGGGCGAGCUGGAGAAGGUGGACGCCGAAGGGACGCCAGCGGGGAAGCCGAAGGGGACCAGCCCCACCGGUGCGGAGGGGACGAAGCCUGGUGACAGUCCCCAAAAACCAGAGAACCAACCCAGAAAGCCGUCGGGCAAGCGACAGGGCAAAUCAGGCCACCGAGGCUUCAAGAAAUUUCCCCCGCGGAGCUUGCUCGGCCACGGCCGGUGCCACGACUGUGGCAAAGCUUUGGCUUUCGGUUCAGCCUUCAACAAGCGCCGGCGAGGGACCGAACGACCCCAUAAAUGCCCCGAGUGCGGGAAGUGUUUUCGGCUCAGCUCGACCCUCAUCACCCACCAGCGCCGGCACGCCGGCGACAAACCCUACAAGUGCCCUGACUGCGGCAAGACCUUCAGCGUUGGCUCGGCGUUCAUCCAACAUCAACGGGUGCAUGCCGGCGCCGGUGCCGGCGCGGCGCCUUGCCAGUGCGGUGUCUGCGGGAAGAGCUUCCCAGCCAGCGCCAGUUUGGUGAAGCACCAAAAAUUGCACCUGGAGGAAAAACCUUACAAGUGCGGGGAUUGCGGGAAGGGUUUCAACUGGAAUUCCCAUCUGGAGCGGCAUCGCCGGAUCCACACCGGCGAAAAGCCCUACGCCUGCCCCGAAUGUGGUAAGAGCUUCAGCUGGAGCUCCCACCUCGACCGGCAUCGCCGUACCCACGCCGUCCCCGGCGACCCCGCUUGCCGUUGCGCCAACUGCGGUCGCUGCCCGGUUCCCCGCGGCGCCGAAGGCUCCAAAACUCCGGAGAAGCCCUUGCAGUGCGGCGAAUGCGGGAAGGGCUUCACCAAGAGCACGGCGUUGGCCAAACACCGGCGCGCCCACGCCGCCGAGAAGCCCUACAAGUGUGGGGAGUGUGGGAAGGGUUUCGGCUUGAACGCCGCGUUGCUGCAGCAUCAGCGGAGCCACGCCGCCGGCAAACCCUACCAGUGCGGUGACUGCGGGAAGAGCUUUGCCUGGAGCUCCCAUCUUGACCGCCACCGGCGUAUCCACAUGGGCGAGAAACCCUACCGCUGCGGGGACUGUGGGAAGAGCUUCUCCCAGAGUUCCCACUUGGAGAGGCACCAACGCGUCCACGCUGGCGCCGAGCAGCCCUGCCAGUGCACCGACUGUGGGAAGAGCUUCUUGGCCUCCAACAAGCGCCGCCGGCUGUUGACCGGCACCAAUGAGCGACCGUGCAAGUGCACCGACUGUGGCAAGAGUUUUCUUUGGGGUGCCCGUGCCCGGCCGGCACCGGAGAGGACCCAUAAGUGCAGCGAGUGUGGGAAGAGCUUCACUUACCGGGCAGAGAACGUCAAGCACCAAGGGACGCAGACGGGGGAGAAACCCUAUACCUGCCCCGAAUGCGGGAAGAGCUUCGGGCAAAAUUCGGCGUUGGUGAAGCACCGCCGGAUGCACACGGGAGAAAAGCCCUACAAGUGUGGGGACUGCGGGAAGAGCUUCAGCGUCCGCUCCAACCUCAUCAAACAUCAACGGACCCACCUUGGCGAGAAGCCCUACAAGUGUCCCGACUGCGGGAAGGGUUUCAUCCAGAAGUCGGACCUCACCAAGCACCGCCGGAUGCACACCGGGGAGAAACCCUACAAGUGCAACGUCUGCGGGAAAUGCUUCAGCGUCUCCUCCAACCUCAUCAAGCACCAGCGCAUCCACCUCGGCGAGAAGCCCUACCAGUGCUCCGAGUGCGGCAAGAGCUUCAUCCAACGCUCCGAGCUCACCAUCCACCAGCGCGUCCACACGGGUGAGAAGCCCUACAAGUGCCCCGAGUGCGGCAAGUGCUUCAGCCGGAGCUCCCACCUCAACCGCCACCAACGCACCCACGCCGGGGACAAGCCCAAAGCCGCCGCCGCCGCCGCCGCCGCCAACCCCUCCGGCGCCUUCUCCGGCGCCGCCUUCUCCCCGCCGUUGGGCGGUUCGGCGGCGCCCGUCCCCUCGCUGCCCUCCUUCCCCGCCUCUCCCUCGCCCCUGCCCAUCCCUCCCCUCUCCAGCCCCACCCUGGACCUGCCGUGGGCCCUCUCCUUCCCCGCCCGGGCCUUCCCCCACCCGUCCUUCCCCUCGGCCCCCGCCUCGGGGGCCCAGACCUCCUCCCUCAUCAACUGAGCGGUGCCCGGCCCCCGCCGCGGCUCCGGCCUCCUCCCCACCUCCCCAGCCGCUCGCCCGACACCCACCCGGGGGUUGGCCUCCGAGCCCCCUCGUUGGGGGGCGUGUUCCUGCCCGGAGCCGUUCGGCCUUGGUGGCUAAUUAAUGAGCUCUUUAAUUGGGGCAUGAGGACCCUGGGUGCAGCCCCAGCUCCAUCCUUCCCCCUGUGUCCCCAACCACUCGCCCAACACCCAACCGGGGUUGACCUCAAAGACCCAUCGUUGGGGGGCGUGUGAGCCGUUCAGCCUUGGUGGCUAAUUAAUGAGCUCUUUAAUUAGAGGAUGGGCGAGUCCCCUUCAUUCUGUGGCUCCAUCCUCCUCCCAACCUCCCCAGCCGCUCGCCCGACACCCAACUGGGGUUGACCUCAAAGGCCCAUCGUUGGGGGCGGAGCCGUUCAGCCUUGGUGGCUAAUUAAUGAGCUCUUUAAUUGGGGCAUGAGGACCCUGGGUGCAGCCCCAGCUCCAUCCUUCCCCCUCUGUCCCCAACCACUCGCCCGACACCCAACUGGGGUUGACCUCAAAGACCCAUUGUUGGGGGUGGAGCUGUUCAGCCAUGGUGGCUAAUUAAUGAGCUCUUUAAUUGGGGCAUGAGGACCCUGGGUGCAGCCCCAGCUCCGUCCUCCUCUCGACCUCUCCAGCCACUCACCCAACACCCAACCGGGGUUGACCUCAAAGACUCAUCGUUGGGGAGCAUGUUCCUGCCCGGAGCCGUUCAACCUUCUAAUUAACCUGGCUAAUUAAUGAGCUCACUGCUGGCACUGGGUGCUCCCCUCCAGCACGCCCCCAGCUCCACACCAGGCUCUCGACCUCCAUCCCAGUCCCCCCACUCCCCUCCCCACCACUCAUCCCAGCAUCUCCCAGGGGUGCUCCCCAGAGCAUCUUCUCACCUCACCCUUCUGCUCCCCGUCGGAUCAAGGUCCACGUCAUCACCUCCAUCUGGGUACCACCCUCUGCUCCCACCAUGGAGCAUUUUGGGAGAAAAAAACGGCAGAAAUGGGGGUUUUGCCACGCUGCCGCAUCCCGCUCUGCCCACCCAGGAGCUGCCACGAGGGACUCGGGGAUAUUUCCACAUCCCCACCUCCUGCGGCAUCUCCCUGAGCUCAUCUUAUCCCACGUCAUUCCUCAGAAACGGAGCCGGUCAAGGUUUUCUUCUUUUAUUUUUGAUUAUUUUUUUCCUUUUGGAAAGAAAAAUCCUUUUGGGCAAAACCACGUGAUUUUGUGAUGUGUUUUUUCAGGCACUUCAUGGAAUAUUUUGUUGUGUUGUUGUUGUUUUUUUUUUUUUUCUUUUCCACACAGACUUUGCAAAAACUUUCAUGCAUUUGUGGUGGGUUUUUUUUUAUUAUUAUUACUGAUUUUCCUGAAUUUUUACAUUUGCUUUUGCUCCGUCCAUCGGAGCGGGAUUCGGUGCAUUUUGGUACUAUCGGGAAAAGGUGGUGGCGGUGCUUUUUUUGCUGCCUGAAAUCCCGAUUACUCCCGUUUCCUGAUUUCUCCCUGUUACCGGGGAAGCGAGGGCUUCUCGGGGGAAAAUAAAUGAAGAUUUAAAAAAAAUUUUUAAAAAACACUAAAAGAAACAGAAAGGGUUACAUGCAAAAUAGAAAAGCAUCGAAAGAAAUACAGAAGAGAAAGAAUUAAGGUGGAGAAAGACUUUUUUUUUUCCCGAAAGAGGAUAAAAAGCUGAAAUAGGACCUUUGGAAAAGUAGGGAAUUGCUGAAAUCUCUGGAAUUGGGAAAGUUUCAGCUGAAAAGAAAAUAAUUCAAGAGGUACAGAGAUGCUACAGGAAGGACUUGUCAUGUUUAUUGAAAAGAAUAAAAUAUCGGCAAGAGGAACAGGUAGUACUGUAGGUGCAAAAAAAGAGGAAAAAUAUCAAAAUGUGGAAAAAAAAUCUAGAAAAUGAAGAGGAGGAAAAGAAAGCAAAGGAUGUAUGGAAUAGAAAAAAAAAAAAAUCAGUGAUUAAAAUAGAGAAAGGGAUAAAAACAACCAUCCUGAGGAAGUACGCCGAGCCGGGGUUGGACGCGGCAGCAGCGGGAGGUGCUGCCGGACCGUUGGAUGCGGGAAAAAAGAAUAAUAAUUCAAAAAAAAAACAAAAAACCCAAAACCAAACAAAAAUCCCAGAGUGGAUGGAAUUGGCUCUGGGUGUUGGCUCGGGGCCGCGCAGCUUGGAGGUGCGAUGGGCGGAGGAGAAGUGACGCAGGGCGGGGUGCGGCCGCGGGACGCGGAGCUGCACCGUCCCCUUGCCCGAUGAAGGAGCCCCCGAGGAUUGUCCCCGGCUUGGCGCCCUGUGUUUUGGGGACCUGCCGGGCUCCCCGGCCGCCCCGCCGCACAACCGGGGUGUCACCCAUGGCACAACGGGGGUGUCACCCAUGGCACAACGGGGGUGGCGGCGAUGGCGCGACUGUGAUGUCACUGACGGUAGAAUCGUGAUGUCACCGAUGGCACAACCGUGGUGUCACCGAUGGCUGCUGGCGUGGGCAGGGUGUCACCGACGGUUCAGCCAUGACGUCACCGAUGGCACAACUGGGAUGUCCCCGACGGUAGAACCGUGAUGUCACUGACGGUAGAACCGUGAUGUCACCGACGGUAGAACCGUGAUGUCACCGAUGGCACAACCGUGGUGUCACCGAUGGUAGAACCGUGGUGUCACCGAUGGCACAACCGUGGUGUCACCGAUGGCUGCUGGCGUGGCCAAGGUGUCACCGAUGGUUCAGCCAUGACGUCACCGAUGGCACAGCUGGGAUGUCCCCGACGGUAGAGCCGUGAUGUCACCGAUGGCACAACCGGGGCGUCGUCGCUGACACAACCAUGAUGUCCCUGGGGACGUUAAUUCCUCCUUCGCGUCGCGGGAGGACCCUCCGGACACCCCCCACCGCCUUCGGAUCCCCCAGUUGCUGCCUUGAAAGCAGCACCAGCCCCACUUUGGGGGGGGGGGGGGAGAAGGGGAAGAAACUUGUUUCGAGGAGCCCCAAAAUCUCAUGUUCUUGCCUCAGUUUUGCCCGGCGGUCGACGAGAGCUGCUGCUGGGGCUUGGUUCUUGACCCCCACCUCCACAUCACCCCAGCCAUGCACUAAUUAGGCAUCCAUGGGCAGGCUGAUGGUGCUCACCCCUCCCUUGCACUAAUUGUGCAUUAACGAACGCACUAAUUACACGCUGCCGUUCAGAUGCCACCCUGCCUUCGGGCCCUCUGGCCAAUUUGAGCCAAAUUAACCCAAAAUCAAGGGUUAAGAUGAUGUGGCUCGGUGGCUUGGCCACCUCGCCACUGCCAGGCUCUGUGGGUGGGGGUCACCAGGGAAGGGGAGGGGGGACACACAAGAAAACUCCCUCCCCCUUGCCCCACGGAGCCCAGGACCUUGCAAAUGGAAAGCGGGGAAGGGGGAGGAAGAGGAGGGAUGGGGGAUGAAGUCAAGAACCUCCCCCGGGGUUCAAAUAAUUGAAUUAUUUUAGGAGGACAUGGUGACCGUGCCAUGGGCGCAGGGUCCCACGUGGAGCCACGAGGGACAAAAGCCACCCCGAAAAGAGCACGAAGGGCUUCAGCGAGGAUAUUCUGGGGAGAAAAAAACCCCCCACCGAACUGCGAUUUAAGUGAAAUUUAUAUAUUUUCUGGUGUUGUCCGUGCUUCCGAAACCAGCGUGGACGUGUCGCUGUGCUGCUUGUCAACGGUCCCUUCCGUGUCCGCUUUCGGGGACCGCUUUGCCUUGUCACCGCGGCUCGCGUCUAUUUUUUGGGGUUUUUUUUUUGUUUUUUUUUUUUUUUUUGAGUCGCUUUCUUUCCAUGAGUAGUAAUAAAUUAGAGCCUAGCUACC